AUGUGGGGGUGUGGGGGGUGUGUGUGGGGGGGAGUGGGGGUGUGGGGUGGUGAGGUGUGUGGUGGGUGGUGGUGGGGUGUGUGGGGGGGUGUGGGGUGUGGGGGAGGGUGGGUUGUGUGGGGUGUGUGGUGGGUGUGGGGGGUGUGGGGGGUGGGGGGUGUGAUGGGGGGGUGUGGGUGGGGGGGUAGUGGUUGGGGGUGUGGGUUGGUGGUGGGGGUUGUGUGGGAGGGUGGGUGGGGUGGGGGAGGGGGGGGAGAGGGGGAGAGGGUGCAGUUACAGACGCUGACCACCAGAGGGAGUAGUUCCGAGAGUGGUCAGAGAGCUGUAGAUGUUCUGGUUUGUGUGUUGUUAGUGCUCUGUGCCACAGAGUCUGCAGACAUCACGUACCAGUCUGUCUGUGCAGAAUGCUACACUCCAGGACCAGAGCGGGGCCUGCGUGCGGUACCAGAGCUGGGCCUGAGUCCAGGACCAGAGCCGGGCCUGAGGGCCUGA